UUAUUAGGCACCCAUUGGUGGAACAUCCAAGAAUCAUCCUUUGUCUACAGCCUGUCACAGGCAUCUGGACCAAAAGAAAUUUGUCAUGAUGUGUUAUACAGAGAAGGAGAGAACAGACAGAGAGAAGUUACCUACACACCAAGACUGGUCGCAUUUGAUUUAAAAGGAAGUUUAAAGACACUGAAGCAGGAAGGUUUACUGUACGAGACUGGAGCUGAUGGUGAUGAUAUAAAAUGGAUGGGGGAUGUGACCAUGCAUAAAGAAGUCUCGGAACCUCUAAACCCCUAUCUUAAGAGUUUGGAACAAGUUGAAAUUGAGGAUCUGUCCAUAAGCAAAGAUAUUUCAGAUGAAGAAAAGUAUGGUGACCAUGACCUUGGCACAGAGAAAAAGAAACAAGUCUGUCAAGCUGGAAAAGGUGAUGAAAGAGACACUUUGUCAGAAACGAAACCAGUUAAUUUAGAAGAUCACAUAAAUGUAUGGUCCGAUUUUCUUGGCACUAGUUUCCAUCCAAAAUCUGUUCACGUCGUACAAGAGUACCGUCAUAAAGAUAAGUUCAGUCCCUUUGAUUUGUUCAAUUCUGCAAACGAGGUCUUUUCCAAUUACGAAUCCACAUGUGAAUGGGAAGAUAGAAUCCACUAUUUUACAGAAGAAUGUGAUAAUUUACAAGGAUUCCAUAUACUGAUGGAUACACAUGAUGGAUGCGGCGGCCUUGGAGCUGGAAUUCUGCGUUACUUAGAAGACGAAUUUCCAGGAAAAGGAAUCUUUACUUUUGGCUUCACACCUGCUGACAGUCCAGAUAGUACUGCUAAGGAGCGAGCCACAAGAAUUAUAAAUUCGGCAUUAGCAUAUGAUAAUGUGACAACCCAUAGUUCUCUUUUUGUGCCAGUCUCGCUGGCAUCAAGUGUAUGGCAAAAAUUAGGAAAGCCAAUAGAAAUUCCAUACUUGAACUAUAAACCGAUGGCGUAUCACACUAGCGCCAUAUUGGCUUCAACCUUAGACACUCUGUCACUCCCAUAUAGACUUGAAACAAAUGCAAUCAAUCUAAGGGACAUAACGCAUUCCUUCAACAGUCAAGGUCGAAAGGUUGCAACAUUAAACACAAGUUUUCCUCUUGGUCUUUACAAAGAUGAAAGUUUAAUAGACUUUUUCAGCCAGUAUGGCGAAAGGUUUCCUUGGCAACCAGUCACACCUCAUGUCAAGAAUGAGAAAAAACCUUUCAUUCAGUCGGUAGUGAUGCGAGGUGUAACAAAUGCGAUGGUACAAAGUAAGACAGACCCAUCAAAACUUCCAGAAUAUCUUGCUAGAUUAACUUCUAAAGAAGAGGUUUUAAGAAAUUAUCUCACACACAUGAGUCAAGGGAAUUUAUUUGCUACAAACUGUCUAGAAAGUGCAAUAAAAACAAAAGUUCCUUAUCCACAAAUUUUCAACGAAAAUGUAACAAGCGAUGGACUCAUCUGUUCGACACAAAGACCAGAAGGAAAGCUGGUAGACUCGGUUCCAAUGCUCACAUCAUUACAGUCAACACCGGAAGCAGGGGACGUAAUUAGACAACUGUAUGAAUCAGCAGCUAAGAUGAACAUUAAAAAACAUCACCGAUACAUGUCGGCUGGUUUAGAAGAAGACGAUUAUCAAGAAACUUUGGAUAAUCUUAAAGCUUUGGUGACAUGCUACAAAACGGAUGCAGAAGCGUUAUAAACCUUGGAUUUACUUAAGUAGAAUGUUAAUGUCAUUUAAGUAACUUAAAGAUAGUGUGCCAGUUGUCCGUCUGCAAAAUAAGAUCAACAAGCAAUGACUGUGCACAUGUUUUAUGGUGUAACUUGAGUUAGAGGCAGUGCCUGUGGGAUGGUAAUUCCCCUGUGCGGAUUUCAGAGAAACAUGAAGGAUUUGGUUAUCUGCAAAAAGUCAAUCCACCCAUGCAACCAUCACAUUAUUCUUUGCCGUCUGUUCAUGAUUUACAUUGUUUUCUAUUCAGUGAAUACUUGACCGUAAAAGUGAAGUUUUGUCAAAAUUAAAGAAUGUAAAAGUGAUGUUUUAAGAUAUUUAGUGGGAUAUUUAGUGUUAAUACUUGAACGAAAUAGAUUAACAUCUUGAUAGAUUACCGAUCAAUUGCAUAUAAAAAUAUUAUGUCACAAACCUGUGUUGAAGCUGAAGUGAUAUUUGUAUGUCUUUAACAUUAUUCAUUGCAUGAAAUGUCGGCAAUAACUAUCUUUCUAAUUUUUUUUUUACAUUUUUUAUGAUUUACUUCAAAAAGCUUUCCCACAUCAUGAAAAAAUCUAGUUGAAGCCAACAACCUUGACAACUAGGCCACAUAUGCUUACUGUAGAUCUUGUUGCAUAUGGACACACAGGUAGCAUAUUUUGUAUUUACGCAUACAUUAAUAAAGCAAUAUUUGUUAAACAUCUACUAUCCCCGUGGAGUGCCGUAGACCAGUGAUUAUAUGAAGCCUGAGGUCCAAGGGUCUAUUGGUUUUGAAGUUAUUGGUCCAAAACCAUUUUAACAUUUACAAUAAAUGUGAUCUUGACAUCUGUGAAGUUUGAGGACAGAGGGCCCAUUGAUUGUCGAGUUAAAUGGUUGGAAACCAUUUGGACUUAAAGGUUAAUUUGACCUUGACUCCCUGCUAAAAAGAAACAUAGGGGUCAUCUACUGGCCAAAACCAAUGCACCUGUAAAGUUUGAGGGCCAUGGACCCAUUAGGCCAGUAAAUGAAAAGAUUAACCUAGAACUAAUUGCAAAUUUUUUUUAGCAACAUCUCACGAAAGAACAUAAUCUGAAGUGUUUAUCAUAAAAAUUCCUGAAAUUUUGCGAAAACAAUAAAAAAGAUAUAGGUUUUUAAAUGUAGCGUUUUUUGUCAUUUUGCACUUGGCUUGACUGCGCUACCAUACCAGUAGAAUUCUCGCGCACAAGUCCGUGAAAUCGUACAUGGAUUGUUGAGUUAUUGGUCACAUCCCCCAAAACAAGAGGGCCAUGAUUGCCCUGAAGUCGCUCACCUGUAUAUAGGCCCCCGGGGCAGGGCCAGUUUAAACCCCAGGGCUUUUAUUUGAACAAACUUGGAAGACACCCAUUAGAAGAUGUUUCAUGAUGUUUAGUUUUUACUACACACAUAUAAUGAAAAACAAUGACCUCCCCCCCCCCCCGGCAGGGCCAAUUUUAACCCAAGGGCUUUUAUUUGAAUAAACCUGGUAGACACCCAUAAGAAGAUGUUUCAUGCUAAACAUCUAAGCUCUAGCCCAUUGGGUUUUUUAAAAGAAGAUUUUUAAGUUUUUACUAUACACAUAUAGUUAAAAACAAUGACACCCCUGGGGCGGGGCCAGUUUUGACCCCAGGGCUUUUAUUUGAACUUUGUAGACACUUACUAGAAGAUGUUUCAUGCUUAAUAUCUAAACUCUAGCUAUUUGUAUUUUUAAAAGAAGAUUUUUAAGUUUUUGCUAUAUGCAUAUAAGGAAAAUCAAUGACCCCCGGGGCGGGGCCCAUUUUGACCCCAGGGCUUUUAUUUGAACAAACUUUGUAGACAUUCACUGGAAGAUGUUUCAUGCUUAAUAUCUAAACUCUAGCUAUUUGGGUUUUUUCAAAAAAGAUUUUUUAAGUUUUUACUAUAUGCAUAUAGGGAAAAUCAAUGACCGCCUGGGGCGGGGCCAAUUUUGACCCCAGGGCUUUUAUUUGAACAAACUUGGUAGACACUCACUAGAACAUGUUUCAUGCUAAAUAUCUUAGCUCUAGCUCUUUGGGUUCUUUAAAAGAAGAUUUUUUAAGAUUUUACUAUAUGCUUAUAGGGAAAAUCAAUGACCCCCCUGGGGCAGGGCCAAUUUUGACCCCAGGGCUUUUAUUUGAACAAAAUUGGUAGACACUCACUAGAAGAUGUUUCAUGAUAAAUAUCUUAGCUCUAGCUCUUUGGGUUCUUUAAAAGAGGAUUUUUUAAGAUUAUAGGGAAAAUCAAUGACCCCCUGGGGCGGGGCCAAUUUUGACCCCAGGGCUUUUAUUUGAACAAACUUGGUAGACACUCACUAGAAGAUGUUUCAUGCCAUAAAUCUAAGCUCUAGCUCUUUGGGUUUUUUAAAAGAAGAUAUUUAAAGUGUUUCCUUUCGGUUGCCAUGGCAACCAGAGUUCUACAUGGAAUUAAAUUCUUUGAACAAUUUUUGAUGGUGACCAUCAAAGGAACAUUCCUGUGAAGUUUGGAUGAAAUUGGCUUAGUGGUUUAUGAGGAGAUGUCAUUUAAAGAAAAAGUUUACGGACGGACGAAAAGCGAUCACAAAAGCUCACACUGUCACUUUGUGACAGGUGAGCUAAAAAGGGUUCACUGGUCAUGACCAAUCUCCAUUCCGAAAUUGAAGUUCCCACGCCCAAGCAUUCUCAUGUUAUUGAUAAAAAAUGGUCUGAUCUACAGACUCACGAACCUACCAACAUGUGCAAAGCAAUAUAUCCCCCACUACUCUGAAUCGGAAGGGGGUAUAAUUAUUUAAGAAUAUUUGCAAAUUCAAUCUCAAUUUCUAGAUAUUGUAAAUAAUAUCAUUCUCAUCUAUGAAUUUAAUACAUUCAAGAAAAAUAAAAUCAAAGACAAAUACAAAGAUUCUUUGUAAGAAAUUCAUUUUAUUUAAACCACACAGAAAAUGUACCUUGAUUUAUGUUGACUUUCAAAAUUUGUUAUGAAAAUUGUGUAAAUGUGAUGUCCACAAACACAUAUUCUAUAUAAAAUUGUAAGUUUCCUCUUGAUUGUUAACA